UUUAAAUAAUUGUCAAAAAUGUCAUAAGAAUUUUUGUGACCAAUUUUUUAUGGAGGGAAUUUUUUCACAAGAACUCUCAUAAGUUUCCAUCAGCUCAUUACUUCUUAAUGUCGUCGUCAAAACAGAGGACUAGAAUGAAGAGAUAUACCACUUUCAUCCAUUGGAAAUCGCUCAUUGCUUUUGGUUUAUUGUUUUGGUUUUUGUUAUGUACAACAGAUAUACUAGGAGGAAAUUCACGUGGAUAUCUCUAUAGUGUCGAAGAUUACGACCUACUUUAUGAAACACUCUUCAUGGAAAGAUUAGAAAGAACUAACGAUGUAAUAUUAAAACUGAAAAAUUUUGGUGGAUUACUGGUAUUGUGGAAUUUCAUAACAUUUGUGUGUUCAAUCGUCUUGUGCCAGUUAGUGAAACUUGGCUGGUGGCUAGUAUUUAAUGCUAAGUUUAAAAAGAACUUUUGGUCAAAUUUACGACUAGACAAUUGCAUCGCUACACGUAGUAUCAGUAGUACCAGCUCCCUACAAAGUAAAAUUCCCAUAAAAAUAAAAACCUUACCGCUAACAACUCUUCAAAGGUUAGAUUUAAAGAAAAGACUUGCGCUUAAAUGCGACAACAGCUGUCCCAACUUUUUAACCGAGAGGACCCGCAGUAGCAUAUCAGCAAUUACCACAAAAAGUUCUCCCAAAUGUAAUACACUUUGUAAAAACAGUUUAAUGUGUAUUCCUACUAAAGAGGAUCCGUAUCAACUGCUGAUGGACACACGACAAGUUAGCAAACUACGAGCAGAAAUUAUAAGUUUGCAGACAAAAUUCCAAAAAGAACAAUUAGAGCUCUCAAGAAAAAUUGAUAUUAUUAAUAAGGAAAAGAAAGAGCUAGUACGGCAAUUGACAAUGAUUCAAAAGGAAAAUAGGGUAGCCAAGCAACAAAUAGAAGAACUUGUACAAGAAAAGAGUAUGCUAUUUAAAAAACUGGAAUCAGCCACCAAGGACAUUAAGUCAAAUGCCAGAUCUAAAAAGGCAGCACUGACAAAACUGGAGGAAAUGUCUGUAAGCUAUGAAAAUCUGAAACAGGAACUGGAACAAGUAACUCGAGACAAGGCUAUCCUAGAAAAUAAAUUGAAAGUUUUACAAGGAGAAUACGAGAAGUUGCAAGAACGUAUCAUCCUUCCUAACGAGCUUCAGUUUUGUGAGGACUAUCAUGUCAAUAUGCCAGAAAGGGACACGAAUAAUGGUAAUACUCAAAGUCUAGAAAUGAAGGAUACAUUUACCAAGAUUGAUGUGCAGCAAAAUAAUGAAAGGACUGAACAACCUUUGUCUCAGGCCGAAUUGGAUAUGAAAAAUAUUCAAGUAAAAAUUAAGCAAUUGGAAAAAAACCUUGAAAAUUUUAAUAGUCAAAAAUCCGAUUAUACUUUGCAAGCAGGAGAUCAAGGAGGCUCCGACCUGAAUUUAAAUAUUGCCGAAUCCAAAGUAAUGUUAGACGACGACAUGGAAGCUUAUGAUUAUUUUUUUCCAUAUAUGACCCCAAGACUUCGGUAUUGUUCUGGACGAGCAGGAGAUGUAGUUAGUUUCAGGCCACCAUUUGUUCCUGCCGAUGUAAAUUCACAAGUUAGCGUGAUUCAGACCAUUGCUAAUAAAGUUAACGAAAAAGUACGACUAAUUGAUAAUUUAAGGGAGAAAGGAGAGAGUGAAGCAGAUGAGUAUUCUUCACAGGAAUCUUUAAGUGAUAUAAGGAUUCCGAGAAAAAUAGUCAGCAGUUCUGUAGCUUUUCAAAACUUUCUAAAAAAUUUACAGCCGGAAAGUGCUAGAUUUUCAUAUGAAUCUCAAAGUGAAUAUUGUUUUUAAAUGUGUUUCGGAUAAAAUUAUUUAAUUAAAUUAUAUGACAGUC